AUAAGGCUCAAAUGCCCCACGGAGCGUAUUGAUAAGAAGAAAAUAAACAAUAUCGUUCGUCACAUCUUUAUGUUUAUCAGUGGCGUUUAACAAUCAAAGCUUAAUUAGAAUUGCUGAUAAGAUGGGUUGCUUGAAUAAUUCCGAGUCAGUCGUAGUUAAGACGUCGACUUUUUACAGCCAUGGCGAGUUUAGUGACGAAAAACUUCGUAUUACUGACAAAAUUUGCCAAAACUGUGUCCAAUGGAUCAAAAAGGCUAUCCUCACAUUUUAUUUACUAUCCUGACAAUGAAAAACCAGUCGAAGGUGAAACGGCAAAAAUGAACAUGAUGCAAGCCAUAAACAACGCCAUGGAUAUUACACUGAAGCAGGACUCCUCGGCCGUGCUGUUUGGUGAGGAUGUGGGAUUUGGUGGGGUCUUCCGCUGUGCACUGGGCUUACAGGAGAAAUAUGGCAAGGAUCGGGUGUUCAACACACCACUGUGUGAGCAGGGUAUCGCUGGAUUUGCGAUAGGGCUUGCCACAGCCGGGGCCACCGCCAUAGCAGAGAUACAGUUUGCUGACUACAUCUUCCCCGCCUUUGAUCAGUUGGUGAACGAAGCAGCGAAGUAUCGCUACCGCUCGGGCGGGCAGUUCUCGUGCGGCGCGCUCACGGUGCGCGCGCCGUGCGCGGCGGUGGGGCACGGGGGGCUGUACCACUCGCAGAGCCCGGAGGCGUUCUUCGCGCACGCCGCUGGACUCAGGGUGGUAGUUCCCCGCGGCCCCAUCGCCGCCAAGGGGCUCCUACUGUCCUGUCUGCGCUCCCAGGACCCCUGCGUAUUCCUGGAGCCCAAGAUCCUGUACCGCUCCGCUACCGAAGACGUACCGGUGGAGGACUAUACUUUACCGCUAGGACAGGCACAACUGCUUAGGGAAGGUACAGAAGUGACCCUGAUAGGCUGGGGCACGCAGCUGCACGUGCUGCUGGAGGUGGCGGAGCUGGCUCGCGACCAGCUCGGCGUCGGCUGUGACGUCAUCGACCUGCAGUCCAUCCUGCCCUGGGACCGGGACACCGUCUGCAACUCGGUGAAGAAGACUGGACGUUGCCUGAUAUCUCACGAGGCGCCUCUUACUUCAGGUUUCGGUGCCGAAUUAGCUGCUACCAUACAGAACGAAUGUUUCCUGCACCUGGAGGCGCCGGUGUCCCGCGUGGCGGGCUGGGACGCGCCCUUCCCGCACGUGUUCGAGCCGCUCUACCUGCCCGACAAGUGGCGGUGCUUCAGCGCCCUCAAACAAUUACUACAUUACUGACUCGCCUAACUAUUUCACAUUCAUCAUUCCCAUCAUGGUAUAAUAAUAUACUCCGCCUGGUACUCUCUUCCCGUCUUUUCUAGGUCACCUGACUGACACAAGCCUACGUCAUCAUGCGACAGCGCUAUAUGAUAAUAUGCGAUAGCGCUAUAUAUAGCGGCCAUGUUAUUGUGACGUAGGCUUGUGUCACUCUGGGAAGAGAAGACCAUGUUUUAUUAUUAUUAGACUAUGAUUCCCAUUUAUUUAAUUACACAAACGGGUCUACCGCGAUAUAAUUUCAUUGUUUUUACCUUUUUAUUCCGACGUUUCAGCUGAGUUGCACCAAAACAAUGAAAUUAUAUCGCGGUAGACCCGUUUCUAUAAUUAUCUAUGUACAAAACGCGAGUUUAACUUAAGUGUCAUUUCUGUCUGUCCCUGCCUUAGGUGGUCUAAUGGUAUUCCACCUGUCCAAUGGCAGUGCGUCUCACUCCCUCAUUAAAGCAAAAUGUGAGACGCAACGCAAUACACAUUGGACGAAUAAAUUAAAUCGGUGGAAUACCGCCCUUAGGAGGGUACUAUCCCAUCUGUCCAAUGUGUAUUUUGUGUCACAUUUUACUAACUAAAAAAGUGAGACGCAAUGACAUUGGACAGGUGGAAUACCAACCACCCUAUAGGACUAAACGUAAAUGGAAAUACACCAAAAAUAUAGUGUUUGAAGUUUGAAUUGCGAAAGUUCCUUACAUUCCAGUGUCUUGCCUUGGGAGAGGGUUGUUGAAUAUAAAUUGAAAAUAAGUAGUUUAAUUUUGUAAUGGUCAUAGAGUUAGAUCAAGAUAAGUCUACAAUGAUUUUGAUAGCUCAAGACUGUGCAAGGGUUAUUUUAAACGUCAAACUUCCAUGAAAUUAUGACGUGUAAAUAACACGUGCAGUCUUGUGUGUGCUGUCAAAAUCGUUGCCGAUUUAUCUUGGUCUAACUCGAUCCUAUGUACUUCAAAUGAAAACUUAAUUGUUAAUAAUAUUAAUGUUUUAUAAAAUAUAUGUAUAUUUGAACGUU